ACCGUUAGAGUGCGAUGAGUCGAAGGCGCCAUCUUGUGUCCGGACCCGGUGAUGUGGCUGCGGGAGGAGGUUUUAAACCUCCGCGGUGAGCUGAACUUCGGACUCUCCGCUGGAAUAAAUCCGUGUGAGUUGUUUUAAAGUUGUUUGAUUCACACGGAUUCAGUCUCAGCUCGGUUUCCAGACUCUGGGACGACUUCACCAAAACCAACCGACGACGCUAAACAAGAAGACGUUAGCUGAACGUUAGGUUGUCUCAGGAUGGACAGGAAGCAGUGUUGUGUGAAGCUGUCGGUCCAGCCGUCCAGAGGGCUCGUGGAUGAGAAGUUCCUCGUCCUGGUCCAGAACGUCUUCCCUGGUUCCCAGCUGACGCUCCACGCCCUCUAUAAGUGUGAAGACGGACACAGCUGGGAGGCGUUUGCUCACUACACCGCCAGCGCCAUCGGGACUGUGAACGUUUCAGAGGAUCCCAGUCUGGGCGGGACAUAUUCUGGGGUUGAACCGAUGGGGCUCCUGUGGAGCCUCAGACCAGUUCCGGGCAGCAAACCUUGGCUCAGGAUGAGGAAGAUGAAUGUCCAGACUCCCAUGGAGGUCACAAUCUCGGUGUACCCGGGCCACCAGACCGAGGGCUUCCUGGAUCAGGUGUCGCUGGCCGGUGUGGUGGUGGAGCGCUGGUACAUGGCGCCUGGCGUCCGCAGGAUCCCGAUUACAGAGGCCGGACUCACCGCGACCCUCUUCCUGCCCCCAGGACCGGGACCUUUCCCUGGCCUCCUGGACCUGUGGGGGGGUGGAGGGAAGUUGGUUGAGUACAGAUCGGCACUGCUGGCCUCUCACGGUUUCGCCUCCCUGGCCCUCGAUUACCUGACGGCAAAAGUCACCAUAGAAACCGGGAAGAUGGUGGACAACCAGUACUUUGAGAGGGCCUAUAAAGUCCUGGAGCAGCAUCCUCAGAUCCUCAGCAGCAGGAUCGGCAUGAUCGGUCUUUCCUUUGGGACCAGUAUCACCCUUAAAAUGGCGGUUUACUCCCAAGUAGCAAAGUUCAGGUGUAUAGUGGGCAUCAGUGGGAGUCACGUGCAGCCGAUUGACGGAUCUGUGGAACAAUUAAUGAAUUUCUUUAAAGAAAACACGGAGAAGACUCGCUUCAACAAUGAGAACCACAUGAUCUGCCGCGACCUGCUGCUGCCCAUCCCCACUGACCCCUCCCUCAAAGUGGAUGUGGGACAGCUCCAGUGUCCUCUGUUGCUGGUUGUAGGUGAGGACGAUCAGAACUGGCCCGCCUACGAGUCUGGACUGGACAUAAAGGAGAUGAUGGAGCGGGCGGGGAACAGCCACCUGCUGACUCUCCUGUCGUACCCCGACACCGGUCACCUGAUUGAGCCUCCGUUCACGCCCUUCGCCAAAGCCAGCACCUUCAGAGCAGUCUCCUCACGCCAGAUACUGGUAGCGCUGUGGGGGGGGGAGACGGUGGCACACUCUCGGGCUCAGGAAGACGCCUGGAGGAAGACGCUGGUCUUUCUGAGGGCUCAUCUGUACAGCAACGUAAACACUGGUGUAACUUCGUUUUCUAACCUGUAACCAAGGCGACAGCUGAUGACGAUCAAAGAGUCAGUAAAUGGGAAGAGCUUCUUCAGAAGUCUUUGGUUCAGGAGAGUUAAAGUCCCUUAAUUAAUCUCCAUAGAUGAUGUAACGUGUUGACAGUGGACAGCUUUAAAGGACAUGAUUGAUUUAAUCAUCAAUCACAAGAUGAAUUACUGCAAAUGAAAUUAUCACGAUGAAGCAAGGCAGCUUUAUUUAUGUAGCAACUCUCAAACACAAAGGUAAUUUAAAGUGCAUGUCCAUUAACACAAUAAGUAAGUUUCCACUUUGUUUUUCAGACACAAAGUUGAAUUAAUUAAAACUGGCGACCGUAACUUUAACAUACAAGUUCAUCAUGUCAUCUGGGAUCUGUGUUUCUGUGUUAAGAACCACUGAGGGUAUUGUUUGAAGAAAUGGGAACACAGAUGAGGGAAAAACCCUUCCAGAUCCAGAACCGGCGGCUACUCCAACAUCCGAAACACAUCCAGUUCAAGACUCUGGUGUUUGCCUGUAGGGUGUUGAAAGGAACCCCCCCUCCGGGGAGCACUCAAAAUCCGAUCACUGAUUCCUUAAAUGAAUCAGCCUGUACAAAUCAGUCAAGAUCAGUCGAUGGAGAGCGGCGUGUGUUUGAUGAAGCUGUCACUCCUCGAUGUGAGUCCAGUGAAGAUUUGAGUCGUGCAUGCUCCGCUUUUAACGGUUUACGGCAUAACUGUCAUA